AGCUGGAACGGCUCACAUCACAUUCUUCAUCUCAUCAGAGCCCGGUGAAGGACCUACCCAGCAUACAACAUCACUUAGCUAGCUAGGUUAUUGGACCUCUGACUAAACGAUACGAAUAGCGACCUAAACCUCUCGAUUUACUAGCUAGCUAGCUAGCUAUCAUUUUCAUUUACUGUCAUCCAUGAGAUUCUUCAGGCUAUCAUUCAAGUGCUUCGUCGACUGCUUUUGAAUUCCCUCUCCCCAACGUCUGACGCGACGCUUUGUAAAUAUUACAUUUAUUGUUGAAGGGCACCAACUCGUUAUGAUAAAUUAAAAAAUAUUCAUAUUUUUUUGAUAACAAGAAGGCGAAAAAGAAACCAAGGAAAGAACUGGAGAACUGCAUAGCUUCUCUCUCUGUCUCUCUCCCCCUCUGAGGCGCACUGAGUAUCUUGAUAGCGUCACUCACUAGCUACUAGCUAGCUGCACUUGGCUCUACCCACCUAACGUUACCCGGUUUAUUUAAACCUAAUCAAUCAACAUGUCGCCAGAAGUGGAAGAGAACUCCCCAGGUGAUGUGCGGCUCUCCCAGAUGGAAGCAGGGAUUCCAUCUGAGGAGGAGGGUGGUGUGGCUCGCCCCCUAGUCCCUGUGCCUGGGGUUGGGGUGGGGGCAGGGGGGUGUGAGGGAGGGGGAGGACAGACCCAAACACAGCCUCAGGUCCAGGCUACAGCAGUACCGUAUGUGGAGAGAGAGACCUGGACCAGACAGAUGGACUUCAUCAUGUCCUGUGUGGGCUUCGCUGUGGGGCUGGGCAACGUGUGGCGCUUCCCUUACCUCUGCUACAAGAACGGUGGAGGCGUGUUCCUGAUCCCCUACAUGAUUAUUGUGUUCAUCGGAGGUAUUCCCGUGUUCUUCCUGGAAAUCGCUCUUGGUCAGUUCAUGAAGCAAGGAGGGGUCUCUGCAUGGAACAUUGCCCCUCUCUUUAAAGGUCUUGGCCUGGCCUCCAUGGUAAUAGUGUUCUUCUGUAACACCUACUACAUCAUGAUCCUGGUGUGGGGCCUGUACUUCCUGCUUCACUCCUUCACCAACCCGUUACCCUGGGCUACCUGCGGGCACCCCUGGAACACCCUCAACUGCACCGAAAACUUCCGCCGGGCUUGCCACAACCGCAGCACCCUGCCUCUCCUCUCCUCCACCCCCGAUCCGUCUAUCCCCAGCUCCCUCCUCUCGUCGGUGGUAUCCUCCCCGCUCAACCUCUCAUCCUCUACUCUGCUCCUCUUCAACGGCAGCUGCGUGGAACCAGAGGGCAUGCGCUCGCCAGUCAUUGAGUUCUGGGAGCGUAAGGUGCUCCGUCUCUCUGGUGGUCUGGAUGAGCCUGGUGACAUCAGCUCUCACAUGGUCCUCUGUCUGAUCGCCACCUGGGUUAUUGUUUACUUCUGCAUCUGGAAGGGAGUCAAAGGCACAGGCAAGGUAGUGUACUUCACAGCUCUGUUUCCUUACCUGGUCCUGGUGGUUCUGUUGGCCCAUGGUGUAACCUUACCUGGAGCGCUGGAUGGGAUUGUGUACUAUCUGAAACCAGACUGGUCCAAACUCUGGGAAGCCCAGGUGUGGAUUGAUGCUGGCACUCAGAUCUUCUUCUCCUAUGCCAUUGGUCUGGGUGCUUUAACUGCCCUUGGCAGCUACAACCGCUUCCACAACAACUGCUACCAAGAUGCGUUUGUUCUAGCCAUGAUCAACAGUGGGACCAGUUUCUUUGCAGGGUUUGUGGUGUUCUCCGUGCUGGGCUUCAUGGCUGCAGAGCAGGGGGUCGACAUCAGCAAGGUGGCCGAGAGUGGUCCAGGCCUGGCCUUCAUAGCCUAUCCCAAGGCUGUUACUCUGAUGCCUAUGGCUCCAGUCUGGGCAGCGCUCUUCUUCUUCAUGCUGUUGGUACUGGGCCUGGAUAGCCAGUUUGUUGGGGUGGAGGGCUUUGUCACGGGGGUCAUGGACAUGCUACCGCCCAAAUCUAUGGCGGGCUCGCUGCGUCGUGAGGUUGUCGUGGCGAUAUGCUGCAUCACCUGCUUUUUCAUCGACCUCUCCAUGGUAACAGAGGGAGGGAUGUAUGUGUUCCAGCUGUUUGACUACUAUUCUGCCAGUGGGAUCACACUGCUCUGGCAGGCCUUCUGGGAGUGUGUGGUGGUGGCCUGGGUCUAUGGUGCAGAUCGUUUCAUGGAUGAUGUGGCUCGUAUGAUUGGCUACCGGCCGAUGCCCUACAUGAAGUGGUGCUGGUCCUACAUCACGCCCCUUGUUUGUGUGGGAGUGUUCCUGUUCCACGUGGUGAACUACAAGCCCCUGACCUAUAACUCAGUGUAUACCUACCCCUUGUGGGGGGAGGCACUGGGCUGGUGUCUGGCCCUUUCCUCAAUGCUCUGCAUCCCCAUCACUGUCCUCUACAAACUACUGCGCUGCAAAGGAUCCUUCACAGAGCGUUGGCAGCACCUGACCACUCCGGUGUGGGGUCGACAUCACAUGGAGUACUUGGCUCCUGAGUCUGAGGCCAAACUGCUGCCCCCUAAUGGCCAGACCAAAAACACUUUGCUGUUUGAGAGUGUCAUCUGACCAUCUGAGCCCCACAGAAUCCACCCCCUCGUUUCCCACUCAGAACCCUAUGCCCCAAACACACACUCACACAAACACACAUAGAUACAUACACACACCCUGCCUUGGCCCAGCCAUAAAUGCACAGGAAGGCCACUCUGAAGCCGAUCAAACACACACACCGAACAGCCCUGGACCAAUGGACCAAAGAAAAGAUGGGACAAGAGCUCAAAUACACAAUCAAUACAGGCUGACAUUCUCUCUGUUUUCCUCUACCUCUCUCUCUCUCAAGGGCUCUGAGGCUCUGUGCCUCAGUGCUGUCCUUUCCUGCCUCGUCCUGUGAUUGUGUUGUGAUGUCGAAUGCAGCUGCGAUAUUUGCCCCCCCCCAUCCCACCUCCACUGUGCCUCUCCCUUUCUCCUCUCUUGUCUGUGUGUGUCCCUCUCCUCCCUGUGUAAUGGAUUCUGUGGGGCGGUUCAGUGCUGCUGACCCAGUCUGUAGUAACCCAACAUACCCUGUUGAUGGUGCUGAAUGAGUAUUACUGAUCCCAAGCUGGCAAACACUUAUCUGACCGCGUGUGUGUGUGUGUGUGUGUGUGUGUGUGUGUGUGUGUGUGUGUGUGUGUGUGUGUGUGUGUGUGUGUGUGUGUGUGUGUGUGUGUGUGUGUGUGUGUGUGUGUGUGUGUGUGUGUGUGUGUGACUAAAGGAGAGAGGUACUGUGCUCUAUGUUAUCUGUGUCCGUCUUUGACUCUGAGCUCAACCUGUCACCCGACCACUAUUUUCUAUCCUCCCUCAUCAGUCAAACUGUUAAGAAACUAUUUUCUAUCCUCCCUCAUCAGUCAAACUGUUAAGAAACUUCCCUCUGUAAAUUAGAAAAACAGCUAAGCA